GUCAUGUCCAAGAAACGCCCGACGUAUACGAACGCCGAGAUUGAAACUCACCUCUCCCAGCUUUCUAUCCCUGCCACUGGGGGCCAAGAGAACCUAGAAGCACUGGCUCCAUUGGUGGUCUCGCUUCAGGACACGAGCACAGAGCAGGUCUACUUGCGAAGCCUCGACCGAUUCGUAGAGGAAAAGGAGAAGCAGAUCGAGGAAAUAUGUGGAGACAAUUACGAGGACUUUGUCUCUUCCGUUAGCACUUUGCUUUCGGUUCGUCAAGGAACCGCCCAUUUGCGGCGACGUAUCGGCGAGCUUGAUGGGCAGAUGGGAGAUGUGGGAAGAGCCCUUACAGACAAGGCAAGUUCGAAAAGAGCUCUCCUCAAGCAGCGCAAGAUUGCUCAGAACAUUGACGAGGCUAUCGAUACGCUGCAGACAUGCUUAAGGGUGCUGGAUCUUGUCAACCGGGUUCGCGAUAUGAUCAACGAGGGAAAGCACUUUGCCGCGCUGAGGGCUAUGGAGGAUCUCCAAACUCUACCGCCAUCAGCCAUCUCAGAAACUCCCUUCUUCCAGCACAUCAUGUCGUCGCUCCCUUCCUUACACGCCGAAAUAAAAUCCGCUGUUACAGCCUCCGAAAAAAAUUGGUUGCUCGACAUGCGAGAGGUUUCGGCUCAAGUAGGGCGACUGGCACUGAUUCAGAUGGAGACGAGGAUGCGUAAAUGGAAGUCAAAACAGGACCGGGACCCAGGAUUGCGACACAUCAGAGUCGGGGAUCCGAUCGAGUUGGCGAGCAACGACAAAACGGAGUUUGACCCUCUCAAUAAUGAUCAGGUGCAGGUAGAUCUGCGACCUCUGCUACAGUGUAUCCAUAUCUACAAUGCUUUGGAAUGUCGGCCGGAACUGCAGCGCAAUUAUCAGGAAGAUAGAAAGCAACAAGCCAACCUUAUCUUCUCGCAGAGAUCUACCAUUAAUGCCUCCAGUAUCAAGACUGCUUUGCAACCUCUGCUCGAAGAUCUCGUCGGGUUCUUUAUUAUCGAAAAACAAGUCCUGCGAAUAUGUCGGGAUUUCCGGACCUCGCAAGAGGUCGAUCUCUUAUGGGAUGAGAUGUGUGACAGAAUCGCCCGGAUCGUGAGCGAAGGUCUCAAGACUUGUGAAGAUCUUGAGACGUUCCUGGCAGUCAAGCCGGUCGUACUGGCUUUUGAACAGACGCUGCAAGGGUACGGGUUUGACGUCAGCGCUUUGAGCCGACUGCUCAUGACGCUGUUCGAGCGAUACUCAAACCUCUUACAGCGCAAGUUCAGCGCUGAGUUCGAUCAAAUUGUGAUGGAAGAUGAUAACCAACCGAUGAUGGUUCAGAACCAGGAAGAAUUUGAUCAAGUGGUAUCAGCCUGUUGGCUAGCUACAGGUGAAGCAGAGCAGAUCGCUAUUCAGGGCUUCCCCCAAGCGUUACCCUUUUCCCAAACUUUCCCCAUGUGCUGCAUCAACAUCAGAAAUUUUGUGGACCAGUUUUAUCAAUUUGUGGAAGGUGUUCCGCAUAGACGAUCCGGUAUCGAUGAAGUGCUGCGCCGGUCGUUGGACGGUCUGCUCAUUUCCCAUGUCUCGAAGAAUAUCUGCGACAAGGUCAACACGAUGAAGAACCUCAGUCAAGUUGCACAAGUCGUCAUUAACGUGGAGCACUUCGUCGUCGCGGUCGACGAGUUGGAAAGCGUGCUAGUGGAUCUCAAGUAUGUGAAAUCCACCUUGAUUACGCUGCAAUCGGGAGCUUCGUUGCAGUCUACCCUUGAAUUCGCCCAAUCCAGGAUCGACAAGAUAAUCGCUGACAAGCUAGAUCAAUUCUUCGAGAUGGGUUGGGAAGAGUUUGAUUGGACGCCCAAGCUGAGCGAAACGUACUUCGACGCAAACACGAAACGGGAACCAAGUACCUAUCUGUUCGAGAUGAUCACCUUUCUGACAGCCUAUGUAGAUUCUGUCUUGAUCGGCUUGAGAGAGGAUGUCAGGGGUAGAGCCUAUCGUGGCGCCCUUGAACACGUCCGGGACGGGUUGCUGAACCUUCUUGUGACGCAAGAUAUCCCCAAAGCCAAUGAACAGGCUUUCAAGAAUUUGCUGGAUGACAUCGAGUUCGUUGAGCGCGAGAUGGGUAGUCUGGGCCUGGACGAGGCGGCUGUUGGCUUAGGACAGGUCUUCGGCGAAAUCAAAGGCUCUAUCAACCUCAUUCUGAGCGACUCGGUGCAGUUAUACGUCAGCGAUCCCAGCGUUAGAGCAUCGCAUGCGCAAGUGCGUCCCAGAAACCUAAAGAUCAUGCUUGAAAAGCUGGCGCGGUGGACUCCCGAGCCUACCCGGCUGACAGGCGCGGAUGCGGAGCGAAUGGCUGGCAGACGUCGGCAAGCAGAUAGUGUAGCAAACUUAUUGGCCUCAUCCUAG